CAAGCAACAGCAGUAGGAAAGAGGAGGAAGCAGGGAUGGCCGAGUCACACCUCUGAAGGUAAAACAGUUAUAUUAUUUCAACCUUUCAAUAUACCCUUAAAUCAAGCUUAUGUUUUUAUAGUAGGGUUCUUAAAUGUCCCCUUUGUCAUCCGCUUAGCUUGGUUGAUGACGCAGUACUGCCUUUCCGUAGGCUGAGAACGCACUCUUUUGUUCAAGCUUCGUUCGGAAUGGCCGCUGUUUUGAGAAUGUGUUUUAUUUUUUCUAAUUUCACUACGAGAGCGAGAAAAGGGCGCUGCGAAAAUGUUAGGCUAGAAGACGGCCUCGAAUGCCCAAGUGUCAAUCUGUAAACUAAAGAACGAUUUUAACAUAAUAGUCCUUAUUUGGGUGUCAGUACAGUUGAAGACGGUAGGUACUGUAUUGAGCAGCGCGAUAGUGGGGUUGCGUCCUUGCUGCAGCUUGUUUCCCGUGAUAAGUUCGCAAUGGUCGGGACGGUGUUCCAAGUCUGACAGCUGCUUUGGUGGGGCCUACGGGAACCGCACAGUCAGAACGCUCGGGUGUUCUUGUUUUUUUUGUAUAAAUAAAAAGGCCAUCUAGCAACUGAGACUGAUAAUUGUUUCCACUACCAGAAUUUUACCUACAUAUGACGUUGUCAUAGUUGUUUGCUCCUUGAUUUGACUGAAUGGCUGCAAAAAAUGUUUUCCAGCCUAGCUUCUGCGUUAGCUUGCUGUGUUGACGUUUCGUGUUUUGAUAUCAUGACCAGUUGAAAUGAUUUAGCUAGCUUGCUUACAGGUUUUGUUAGCACGACAAGGGCGACACUACAUUAAAAAUAGCUAGCUAUUUGUGGCUACUUUUCCCUUAAUAGCCAACUAGCUAGUUUAUGUUAGCCAGUUCGUAGGCUGGCUAGCUAACUAUGUGGCUUUGACAAGAACAGCAGGACCACCCCACCGUUUGCUGCUGUAUCAGACACACACAGGUUGGCUUGUGUCUCGUUCUUACGCAAAUCAAUCGUGAUCUUGGAACGUAACUUGACUUCCACGAACUGUGGCACCGGUUUUAUCGAUAAUCUCUCUUUCCACGGAUUUGUUAUUGGCACGGUUACAUCCUGCUUGUGCUGUUGGCUGGUUAUGUAGCUAGCUGCCUGCCACCUCACCAGUGCAUCUCUUACCAUAACUGUCAAAUGUAGAGAAAAAUUACAGGAGCUGCGUAGUAUUAGGCCUAUUGGUUGUACUAAUUUUUGAGAUAGUUGCUAAGCCUACAUAGUUAGCUAAAUGCUUUGUAAUAUAAAAAAACAUAUGCAAGGGAAAGAGAGCAGAAAUAAACUGUGACUGUAUGUCAUUCAUUCAUGUAUUGAUUCAGGAGUGAACAUGGGGAGAUUGUUCCAAAGUCCUUAACCCCCAAUCAAGCACAAAUAUGGCAGCUAAAUGUAUUUGCACAAUUGUGGUGAUUGUAUCAUAUCAAAGCCUAUAUAUUAUUCCCUCUAUUCCUAUGGUGUAAGAUGCGUAUGCUUAUGCAAUCCUCAAAAGGAGAGGACAGAGAUGAAGAAAAUUGGCCAGUCUUGAGCAAAUAUGACGCAACAACAUGGGAAGACUUGGCAGGAUUGGUAGUAGUGACUGCUUGCUUUGCUCAAGAUGUCCACUGACUGUGGCUAUAGGCUACAUUAUACCAGUAGAGGCUUAACAAUUGGCAUGUGAAUUGAGGAAAGCUACAGUGAUGAUGAUGAUGAUGAUGAUGAUGAUGAUGAUGAUGAUGAUGAUGAUGGUGGUGGUGGUGGAGGAAAUCAAUGAUGACGGAUUAGGUUAUAGGAUUUAAAUAUUGACAGAUGGAGUUGGGCCUAGGUUUUGUUCCAGAACUAUCUUUCAUUAGCCUGUUUCAUUAGCCUCUUUCAUUGUCUAGUGCACUGAAAAAACAGGUAUGUUGAUGGGCUCACUCACCCAUGCCCAUGCUCACAGCAAAAUUGGCCCUCCUGUAGCUCAGUUGGUAGAGCAUGGCGCUUGCAACGCAAGGGUUGUGGGUUCAUUUCCCAUGGGGGGCCAGUAUGAAAAAUGUAUGCACUCAAUAAUUGUAAGUCGCUCUGGAUAAGAGCGUCUGCUAAAUGACUAAAAUGUAAAAUAUUUAUUUCCUAAAUAUGGGGGUGCUGCUGGAUCCUCAUGAUAAUCAGAGGAAAAUGGUGUCCAGCCUUCUCAUUUUCUGUAUAUCAUCUGUUGCACUGCCUGUCAUUCAUCCCAAACUUGGUUCCUCUCCUUGGUUCAUCUCCUUUCUGGUUUCCGUUCCAUGGAGUGGAAUCUGGAAUGAUACAUUUAUAGUGUCAGUCAGUCAGUGAUGAAAAAUAACUGGAAAGUUGCUGCGCUGCGUGACCCUUGACCUUAUGUGCUUUUUCUACAGCAUGAAUUCGCCCACAAGUUAUUUUUCUGGAGUUGGAGAGAGAGAGUGCUCCUUCGGUUCGGUCACCUGCAUAUUAUUAACUAGCUCAUGUUUGUUUCAAACCUUUGGCUACAUGUAUGAUUUUGAAGAGGAAUUUUAAAGAAUAAACAAACAAUGACAUCACACCCACUGCGGGCCAGUAGUUUAGUCCUCUCCUUUCUGUGACCAUGUUUAUAGUUGGGAUUCUGACACUUGAUGCACCCCAAAUUUUGCCUGGCGACCAAUCCACAUCGCUCCGGCCACGACCACUCACAUUUCUUCUCCACCAUGAGUCUGGAUUUGAUCUCCUGCCUGAGGACUUCUCGAAUGCGAACACAGUCAAACCGUUCUGAUUGGUCCCAGUAACCGAUGGGUUGGUCCAGAGCCUGAACGCAUGCGGGUAAAGCUUCAUUUCAGAAAUAGCCAUUGCCUUUGAUACUCUGAUUGGUUAGAGAUGAUCCAAUCGCUGAUGACUUGUUUUGUACAACGCCCCUCACUUUGACGUCAGCAGAAAGGACUUCUACGAUGGCAGUCUGACUGAAUGUACAUACCGAUAGGUAGAGCAGCAAAAUUAAAUUAGGUAUGAGGCGCCAGGCAACCCCAGACCCCAGUGCUGUGUUGCAUUGUUGCCUUUAUCCAAGACAUGAUUGAUAGCCUACUUAAUACCCUAUUUUAGGGGUUUCCACUAGUUACCACACCCACAGUCAAAUUUGUCUAUAUUGUAAAAAUACAUGAAAACAAAAAUGAGUGUUUUGGUCUUAUGUUAUCGUGCUUUAUCUUGGCCAGGUCGCAGUUGUAAAUGAGAACUUGUUCUCAACUGGCUUACCUGGUUAAAUAAAGGUGAAAUAAAAAUAAAUAAAAGCAGUGUGGAUAAGGUUAGGUUUAAAAUCACAUUUUAAGAAGAGAAAUUGAAAAAAUAAGCAGGGUUUAUGACUUUGUGGCUGUGGUAACUAGUGACGACCCUAUUUGAGGGACCAUUCCCAAAAGAAAACACAAAGAAGCUGCCUGCUUUGAUACAACCAACUAUUAUUUUAUACAGUAAUGUAUUUUGAUAUUAAACAUCCAGCCCCUUUCUCUCAUUUCAUUAUAAUAGUUCUGGGUUGAGUCAAAGGUCAUUCGGUGAUUGAUGCUUUGCUGUAGGCCUAGUUCACAGUGAUACAGUCUGUCACAUUUUUAUUGAUGUAAUUUUUAUAUUCACCAUCUAUUUUCUCUCAUUUUAUUAGUAGCCUAAUAGAGUUGACAGUUAUCAUAUGUCAGUGCUGUUGAGUAAACAUAACUGUUACUGAGAAGAGACAGUACAAAAUUUACCUACAGAGUAAUAUUAUGGGCUCCCGAGUGGCGCAGUGGUCUAAGGCACUGGAUCUCAGUGCUUGAGGCGUCACUACAGACCCCCUGGUUCAAUUCCAGGCUGUAUCACAACCGGCCGUGAUUGGGAGUCCCAUAGGGCGGCGCACAAUUGGCCCAGCGUCGUCCGGGUUUGGCCGGUGUAGGCCGUCAUUGUAAAUAAGAAUUUGUUCUUAACUGACUUGCCUAGUUAAGUAAAGGUCAAAUAAAAAUAUAAAUUAAAGGCCCAGUGCAGUCAACAUUCAGUUUUUCCUGUGUUUUGUAUCAUAUUGUACAACAGCUGAUGAAACUAACACUGUAAAAAUAGUUGCUGGUUGAAAAUACAAUCUAUACAAUACCUUCUAAUCAGUAGGUUUUGCAUGGGUGGAGAUUCAGCUUGCCUGAUGACAUCACCAGGGGAAAAGUAGUUAAUAGAUCAAUAACAAAAAGAGUUACAAACCUAUGCCAAUAAAAGCUAGUUUCCAGAUUUCCCUUCCCCACUCAGACCACUCCCAGACAAUCCUAGACAAAUUCUUGUUUGAGUUUAUUUUUUGCUAAUGAAGCCAUUUUCUUUAUUUUUGACCAUUUUAAUGGAGAAUGUUACAGAAAUGAUUUGAUAUAACAACUGCUUCAUUGGGCCUUUAAGCUUGUCUCUUUGUCAUUAAGGGGAUCGACAGGACCCCUUUUUACCCUUAAAAGUUUUAUGAGUCUUGUGCUUUGAAGACCGCUCCCUCCCAAAGAUUACACACACACACACACACACACACACACACACACACACACACACUUCUCUCAGCGGCAGUGCUAACCUUUCCCUUAGCUCUGAUCUGUAGCCACGCCUGCACUUUUUCUACACUACACAAACACACACACACACACCUAGAGCAUAACAGACAAUGACUUUAUUAGGCUUCAUACUGUAGCCUAUUACUACAAAGAAAUAACAAAUGAUGCUACUGUACUACAGCCUCUGAGAUGGAACCACAGAACUAGACUGAGUGUUAAAGGUUCCAAACCCUUUCUAGAUUAUCUAUUUCUAUGGACAGAACAAAGACAGGAACCAAGACCUUGUUUUCAUAUCAAUAAUUUUGAUGUUGAAGCUCUUGACACUUGUUGUCAAUUAGUCUUUUAGUUUAUGUCAGGCCAACAUACUUACCAGGUUUGCUCAACAUCACUAGCAGCUAUUGUAGUACAUUAAUUGGCUUACAAUGUCAUCUCACUCAACCUGUUGAAGUUGCCUAUGGCCUAGCUUAUUCACUAUUAGGGCUGGGAAUUGCCAGGGACCUCACGAUAUGAUAUCACGAUACUUAGGUGUCGAUACGAUAUUUAUUGCAAUUCUCACAAUUCUAUGUAUUCAAAUAUAUGCACUGAGCUUGUCUGAUGCUUUAAGCACACUGUUUGAUGAAAUAAUUAAGACACACAAAUGACUAGAGGGAGUCAGACUGCGAUUGAUUUGAUUGUGCUGGGCUCAGAUUUGUUGCGCUGUUUAAAAAAAUAAAUAAUGACAGCGAGUGACUGUGACUAGCAAAUGCCAUCGCCAUUGAGCUAGUUGUCAUAGUAGCAGUAAACCGCACCAAGUGAUAUGAGCGAUGGAGAGAGUUGUUUCGAAUUUUGUCCUGGCAGUUGAGUUGUUUAGAUAACAGAAAAGGACAAAAAAAAUACUAGUUUCAUAAGCAUCCGUGAUCACAAAUCAUGACGUUACGUUGGACCCAUUUGCAAUGAUUGGAUGUUAUUUUAUAUUCUCAAACUAACAGCAGUGCCUACAUGCUGGAGUGAUGCCUCUAUGCAAAUGUUGUUGAUCAGUAAGCUAAUAUAACUCCCAAAUGGAAGGCAAACAGAUUUUGUAAUCUGUAGCACCAUAGACUCAACAAGCUCAAUAACUCAAUAUAUGCACACAUUCCUAUUGAAUAUGCAUUCCCCUGUAUUGUGAGUAGGCCUAGGCUACAUCUUAAUUUACACAGUGUAUCAAGAGUAGUAGAAACAAUAGUAAAGCAGACUCCCCAGCCCUGGUUCGGUAAACAGCUGAGGGAUGGGGCUGGAGACAUUUCAUCACUCUCAAAUUCAUAGACAGAGCUAUGGAUGCAAGGACUGACCAUCCAUGAUAUCAACAUUAUAGUUUUAAUCAUGUUUUGAGGCUAAAUAGUGUUUGUUUAAAAACAAAGGAGUAAAACAAACUUAUAUUUUGGGUUCUGAUGGGGUACAACAGUUGAACUAAGCUCAUGAGGCAUUUAUAAGUUAUAUUCCUCAAGAAUCAAUGGGUACAUAUAAUUCAUAUCUAAGUCCAAAAAUGAAUGUAGCAACUGCUGAUUGCCCCUUUUAAUGAUAUUGAAUAUCGGCCUAAAAUAUCAUCCAUCGGCCUCCUUGACCCCCAACAUUUAUUAUCGACAUCGCCCCUAAAAAAUCUGUAUCAGUCGAUCUCUAAAUACGAUAUAUCAUCAAUAAAUAUAUCGUUACAUUUUUGUAGAAUUAUUUUUUACAAUAUUUUUAAUUUUUAUCCCCACCACUAUUCACUAAGAUAUCAAAUGUGAUUUUGACUAAUUUCAAAUGUGAUCACGUUGAACAUCCUUUUGACUCAUCAUUGUCUAUGUUUUAUUCAACAGCAUUCAAAAAGCCCAAAGGAUGAGAACCUCGAUGACCUUUCUAGUCUGAACUGGCUUCAAACCAGACUGAGGGGAAUCGUCUACUGUUCAAACAACUAGGUGGCCCAUGGCUGCCACCACCACUCCUGUCAAGUCACAACUUCAAAGGAUUUACUCCCCUAUGGUGUUCUGAGAAACGAAAAAGAGAAAAGAAACCGCUUGGAUCACAGUGAUUUAUUUGUGAAGUAAAAUACUUGUAAAUGUAUAGGCCUACACAGGUAUGUAUCAACGGGUGUGUUUAUAAAGGCCGUCUCCUACUCUUAUCCCUCUCCACACCUACUUGUCGGUUGACCGCUUUUUUGAGGGAAAACUCCAAACAAACCAGGGAGAGUGACAGUUGGGGCGUUGCGGUCCCAUGAGAGACUCCGCAGGGGGACCGACAACCACGUCCACGCCAUGAGUAGUACUUUAGGUAACAAAGACAAAGACUGGAAAGAGAAGGACCUGAAAGGAGGUCCGACAGGAGGGAAAGAAAGGGAAAAAGAGGCCAAGGCUCUGGCUGGCUUAGGCGGCAAAGAUGGCGGCAAGGAGCCCAAGGCCAAAGGGAAAGACGCCAAAGAAGGAAAGAAGGAUGCCGGUUCCGCGUCGCCCGCCGUCGCCUUCUCCGUGGACAACACGAUAAAGAGGCCCAACCCGGCGCCAGGGACGCGCAAGAAGUCCAGCAAUGCCGAGGUGAGAUGAGAUGAAGAUACUUUAUUACAAAACACAUAGCCUAACAUAUCAUAACAUACACAUUAUUUGUGAUUGUGGGUGAAUAUGUUAUUUUACAAAACACAUAUCAAUAAGACACAUUAUUUGUGAUUGUGGUCCUGAUUGUGGUCCUAUGUGGCAGUUGGUAGAGCAUGGCGCUUGCAUCAAUAGGGUCAAGGGGUUUGAUUCCUGCAGGGGUCACCCAUAAGAAAAUGAAUGCACAAUACGAUAUACUUUAUUGUCCAUUUACAUGGAAAUUCAUUUUGUGAAGUUGGCAGACAUAUACACAAAAACAAUACACUAUAAUACAUGCAAUACGGAAGUAAAAAAAAGUGUCUUCUAAAUGGCAUAUAUUACAGGGUUUUUUCUGCAAAGAAAAGUCCUGGGCGGGCCACCUAAGUGUUUUUUCGGCUGCCCAUGUCAAAACAGAAAAAAAAAAAAUAUAUAUAUAUAUACACACACAGUUGAAGUCGUAAGUUUACAUAAACUUAGGUUGGAGUCAUUUAAAACUUGUUUGUCAACCUGGGGACAAUAAAAGGCCACUCUAAAAUGUGCAGUUUUGUCACAACACAAUGCCACAGAUGUCUCAAGUUUUGAGGGAGCUUGCAACCACUCCACAAAUUUCUAGCUAACAAACUAUAGUUUUGGCAAGUCGGUUAGGACAUCUACUUUGUGCAUGACACAAGUAAUUUUUCCAACAAUUGUUUACAGACAGAUUAUUUCACUUAUAAUUCACUGUAUCACAAUUCGAGUGGGUCAGAAGUGUACAUGCACUAAGUUCACUGUGCCUUUAAACAGCAUGGAAAAUUCCAGAAAAUGAUGUCAUGGCUUUAGAAGCUUCUGAUAGGCUAAUUGACAUAAUUUGAGUCAAUUGGAGGUGUACCUGUGGAUGUAUUUCAAGGCAUACCUUCAAACUCAGUGCCUCUUUGCUUGACAUCAUGGGAAAAUCAAAAGAUCAGCCAAGACCUCAGAAAAGAAAUUGUAGACCUCCACAAGUCUGGUUCAUCCUUGGUAGCAAUUUCCAAACGCCUGAAGGUACCAUGUUCAACUGUACAAACAAUAGUACGCAAGUAUAAACACCAUGGGACCACGCAGCCGUCAUACCGCUCAGGAAGGAGAUGCGUUCUGUCUCCUAGAGAUGAAUGUACUUUGGUGCGAAAAGUGCAAAUCAAUCCCAGAACAACAGCAAAGGACCUUGUGAAGAUGCUGGAGGACACAGGUACAAAAGUAUCUAUAUCCACAAUAAAACGAGUCAUAUAUCGACAUAACCUGAAAGGUCGCUCAGCAAGGAAGAAGCCACUGCUCCAAAACCGCCAUAAAAAAGCCAGACUACGGUUUCCAACUGCACAUGGGGACAAAGAUCGUACUUUUUGGAGAAAUGUCCUCUGGUCUGAUGAAACAAAAAUAGAACUGUUUGGUCAUAAUGACCAUCGUUAUGUUUGGAGGAAAAAGGGGGCUGCUUGCAAGCCGAAGAACACCAUCCCAACCGUGAAGCACGGCGGUGGUAGCAUCAUGCUGUGGGGGUGCUUUGCUGCAGGAGGGACUGGUGCACUUCACAAAAUAGAUGGCAUCAUGAGGAAGGAAAAUUAUGUGGAUAUAUUGAAGCAACAUCUCAAGACAUCAGUCAGGAAGUUAAAGCUUGGUCGCAAAUGGGUCUUCCAAAUGGACAAUGACCCCAAGCAUACUUCCAAAGUUGUGGCAAAAUGGCUUAAGGACAACAAAGUCAAGGUAUUGGAGUGGCCAUCGCAAAGCCCUGACUUCAAUCCUAUAGAAAAUGUGUGGGCAGAACUGAAAAAGUGUGUGCGAGCAAGGAGGCCUACAAACCUGACUCAGUUACACCAGCUUUGUCAGGAGGAAUGGGCCAAAAAUCACCCAACUUAUUGUGGGAAGCUUGUGGAAGGUGACCCGAAAAGUUUGACCCAAGUUAAACAAUUUAAAGGCAAUGCUACCAAAUACUAAUUGAGUGUAUGUAAACUUCUGACCCACUGGGAAUGUGAUGAAAGAAAUAAAAGCUGAAAUAAAUCAUUCUCUCUACUAUUAUUCUGACAUUUCACGUUCUUAAAAUAAAGUGGUGAUCCUAACUGACCUAAAACAGGGAAUUUUUACUAGGAUUAAAUGUCAGGAAUUGUGAAAAACUGAGUUUAAAUGUAUUUGGCUAAGGUGUAUGUAAACUUCCGACUUCAACUAUAUAUACUUAAACAAAAAUAUAAACGCAACAUGUAAAGUGUUGGUCCCAUGUUUCAUCAGCUUAAAUAAAAGAUCACAGAAGUGUUCCACAGCAACAAAAGCUUAUUACUCUCAAAUGUUGUGCACAAAUUUGUUUACAUCCCUGUUAGUGAGCAUUUCCCUUUGCCAAGAUAAUCCAUCCACCUGACAGGUGUGGCAUAUCAAGAAGCUGAUUAAACAGCAUGGUCAUUACACAGGUGCACCUUGUGCUGGGGACAAUAAAAGGCCACUCUAAAAUGUGCAGUUUUGUCACAACACAAUGCCACAGAUGUCUCAAGUUUUGAGGGAGCUUGCAAUUGGCAUGCUGACUGCAGGAAUGUCCACCAGAGCUGUUGCCAGAUAAUUAAAUGUUCAUUUCUCUACCAUAAGCCAUUUUAGAGAAUUUGGCAGUACGUCCAACCGGCCUCAGAACAGCAGACCAUGUGUAUGGCGUUACCCCAUGAUUGCGGUGGGGUUAUGGUAUGGGCAGGCAUAAGCUACGGACAACGAACACGAUUGCAUUUUAUCAAUGGCAAUUUUAAUGCACAGGGAUACCGUGAUGAGAUCCUGAGGCCCAUUGUCUACCAUUGAUCCGUCGCCAUCACCUCAUGUUUCAGCAUGAUAAUGCACGGCCACAUGUCACAAGGAUCUGUACACAAUUCCUGGAAGCUGGAAAUGGCCCAGUUCUUCUAUGGCCUGCAUACUCAUCAGACGUCACCCAUUGAGCAUGUGUGGGAUGCUCUGGAUCAACAUGUACGACAGCGUGUUCCAGUUCCCGCCAAUACCCAGCAACUUCGCACAGCCAUUGAAGAGGUGUGGGAAAACAUUCCACAGGCCACAAUCAACAGCCUGAUCAACUCUAUGCGAAGGAGAUGUGUCGCACUGCAUGAGGCAAAUGGUGGUCACACUAGAUAUUGACUGGUUUUCUGAUCCACGCCCCUACUUUUUUUAAAGGUAUUUGUGACCAACAGAUGCAUAUCUGUAUUCCCAGUCAUGUGGAAUCCAUAGAUUAGGGCCUAAUGAAUUUAUUUAAAUUGACUGAUUUCUUUAUGAACUGUAACUCAGUAAAAUCUUUUAAAUUGUUGCAUUUAUAUUUUUGUUCAGUGUGUUUGUGUGUGUUUUUAAAUAUAUAUAUAUAUAUAUAUAUUUUUUAUUUUUUUUUUAAAUAUAUUUAGACAGUGCCUUUGGAAAGUAUUCAGACCCCUUGACUUUUUCCACAUUUUGUUACGUUACAGCCUUAUUCUAAAAUUGAUUAAAUAAAACAUUUUUCGUCAGCAAUCUACACACAAUACCCCUUAAUGACAAAGCGAAAACAGGUUGUUAGAAAUGUUUCCAAAUUGAUUGCAGAAAACAAAACAGAUACCUUAUUUACAUAAGUAUUCAGACCCUUUGCUAUGAGACUCGAAGUUGACCUUAGGUGCAUCCUAUUUCCAUUGAACAUCCUUGAGAUGUUUCUACAACUUAAUUGGAGUCCACCUGUGGACAUGAUUUGGAAAAGCACACACCUGAGGUCCCACAGUUGACAGUGCAUGUCAGCAAAAACCAAGCCAUGAGGUCGAAGGAAUUGUCCGUAGGGAACUCGGUCAGGGAGGUGACCAAGAACCCGAUGGUCACUCUGACAAAGGACCUUCUCCCCUGAUUGCUCAGUUUGGCCAGGCGGCCAGCUCUAGGAAGAGUCUUGGUGGUUCCAAACUUCUUCCAUUUAAGAAUGAUGGAGGCCACUGUGUUCUUGGGGACCUUCAAUACUGCGGAAAUGUUUUGGUGCCCUUCCCCAGAUAUGUGCCUCGACACAAUCCUGUCUCGGCGCUCUACGGACAAUUCCUUUUUCUUCGGGAGGGGGGAGUGGGGAAAUAACUUUCAGAUACAGAUGUAAAGUAUGUAUAAAAGAUAAUGGACCGAUAUACUUUUCAAUAAGAUCAUCUCUGAGAACAAAACAUCUGUCAAAUUCCCAAAAUGAUGCAUACAGGAUUGUUUGUGUCAUGGCAUGGGGCUCCUAUUGAUUUUGUUAUGAUGUUUGUAUCACUCCGGUAGCAUAAGCCAUGGCAAAAUGUGUAGAAUUGCAGGAAAUUAGCUUUAAAAUUGCAAAGUUUCAUCUCCGCUACAUGGCAAAAUGUGUAGAUAUGUCAAAAAAAUUGGGUUGGCGUCCACACCAUGGCUACGCCUCCGCCACGCCCACCACCUAAGCCCAAUUUUGAUCCAGAAAAAACUCUGUCUAAUUUAUUAUUAUUCUACAUUCGUCACACAACACAGCAUUUCUCAAACUCGGUCCUGGGGACCCCAAGGGGGGCACAUUUAGUUUUUUGCUCUAGCACUACACCGUUCAUUCAAAUAAUCUUAGCUUGUUGAUCAGCUGUGUAGUGCUAGGGCAAAAAAACUAACCGUGGGUCCUCAGGACUGAGUUUGGGAAACACUGACAUAACGUGUCUUCAAUAACAUGGACAUAUUAUAACUUUCCCAAUCCCAGGUGAUCAAAGAGCUCAACAAGUGCCGUGAGGAGAACUCCAUGCGUCUGGACCUGUCCAAGCGUUCCAUCCACAUAUUACCCACCUCCAUAAAGGAACUCACCCAGCUGGCUGAGCUCUACCUGUACAGCAACAAGCUCCAGAGCCUCCCUUCAGAGGUGGGCUGCCUGUCUGGCCUGGUCACCUUAGCCCUGAGUGAGAACUCUCUAACCAGCCUACCAGAGUCCUUGGACUCCCUGAAGAAGUUGAGGAUGCUGGACCUGCGGCAUAACAAACUGAGGGAGAUACCGGCGGUGGUUUACCGGGUGACGUCGCUGACCACGCUGUACCUGAGGUUCAACCGGAUCACGGCGGUGGAGAGGGACAUCCGGAACCUGGCGAAGUUGACCAUGCUCAGCAUCCGUGAGAACAAGAUCAAACAGCUGCCCGCCGAGAUAGGUGAAUGAGGGAGAUGGGGGAGGAGGAGGGAGAUGGGGGAGGAGGAGGGAGAUGGGGGGAGGAGGAGGGAGAUGGGUUAGUGGAGGGAGAUGGUUGCGUGGGGGGAGGAGGAGGGAGGGAUAUGGGUGAGUGGGGGAGGAAAAGGAGAGAGGGAGAUGUGAGUGGGGGGAAGGAGGAGGGAGGGAGAUGUGAGUGGGGGAGGGAGGGAGGGAGAUGUGAGUGGGAGGGGGAGGGAGAUGUGAGUGGGAGGGGGAGGGAGAUGUGAGUAGGGGAGAGGAGAGGAAGGGAGAUGUGUGGGGGGAGGGAGGGAGGGAGAUGGGUGAGUGGGGGAGGAAAAGGAAAGAGGGAGAUGGUUGGUGGGGGGAGGGAGAAGGUGAAUGGGGAGAAGGAGGAGGGAAUGUGGUGAGUGGGGGAGGAAAGGAGAUGUGAGUGGGGGGAGGGGAGGGGAAGGAUGUGAGUGGGGAAAGGAGGGAGGGAGGAGCUGUGAGUGGGGGAAAGGAGGGAGGGAGGGGGAGAGUGAGUGGGGGGGGGAGAUGGGUGGGGGGGGGGGGAUGUGAGUGGGGGAAGAGGGAGGGAGAUGGGUGAGGGGGGAGGAGGGAGGGGAGUGGGGGGGGAGAGGGAGUGGGAGGAGGGAGAUGGGGAGUGGGGGGGAAGGGAGAUGUGGGAGGGGGGAGGGAGGGGGGGGGGGGAGGGGGGGGGAGGGGGGGAUGUGGUGGGGGAGGAGGGGGGAGAUGGAGUGGGGGAGGAGGAGGGAGGGAGAUGUGAGUGGGUGGAAGGAGGGAGGGAGGGAGAUGGGAGUGGGGGGAAGGAGGAGGGAGGGAGAUGUGAGUGGGGGGAGGGAGGAGGGAGGGAGAUGUGAGUGGGGGGAAGGAGGAGGGAGGGGAGAUGUGGAGUGGGGGGAGGGAGGAGGGAGGGAGAUGUGAGUGGGGAAGGAGGGGAGGGAGAUGUAGUGGGGGAAGGAGGAGGAGGGAGAUGUGAGUGGGGGGGAGGAGGGAGGGAGAUGUGAGUGGGGGGAAGGAGGAGGGAGAUGUGAGUGGGGGGAAGGAGGAGGGAGGGAGGGAGAUGUGAGGGGGGGGAGGAGGAAGGGAGGGAGAUGUGAGUGAGGGGGAGCGGGUGUGUGUCAUCCACGAGAACAAGAUCAAACAGAUGAAAUAGAUGAGUGUUGGGGGGAGGAGGAGGAGGGAGGGAGUCGAGGCUGGCGGAUUGGGUUCUUGAUGACAAUGACGAUGUAUCUGUAAUUUUUGCCCACCUUAAGCCGGGAGGUACACCACACUAUUUUGGCCCUGAUUGUAGCUGUCCCAGAUACGUUUUUGAGAUCGGAGACAAAUCCCCAUGCUUUGCGUACUUGGGGCGCGCAGCCGUCACCGACGCUCGUUUAAUGUGAGCGAGGUCAGAGAUGCAAUCUGAGUGCUACCGAUCCCGUCUUUGCUACCGAUCCCGUCUUUGGGCCAUCCCAGACGUCCCGAUAUUUUCAAACGUGUUUGAUUUUAUCAGCACAAAAUCUGCAAUGCUCUUGUAGUGUGAGUUGUGCAAUGACACGUUUUGGGAAUGGUGAUCAGCACUAGCCAAUGAGAGCUCGCCAGUGAGAUGAUGAUGAUGUUGCAUCACAUCACCAAGAAUGUGUAGACUCUCCAUCAGGAGUGAUAACUACUACUAGUAUGCGUUUGUACAUGCCUUUAACCAAAGCCAAAGUAUCAAAUCGUUACAGCUCUGAAGUUCACUACCAAUGUUAUUCCAUUCAAAAUGUAUUGGCUAGAUAUUUCAACUCUGUAUGGCAAGCGUGAAUGUCUGACUGAAAACGUUUGAGGCUUGUUUCAGCCACAGCUUGUUGUAGCUACGUUAACUAUCUAAACGCAUCAUUGUUUUGGAGAGACAGCGUGGUAUAGAGAAUCCUCACGACCAAGUGAAGUAUCUUGUAAAGCAGGGUUCUUCAAUUCCGGUCCUGGAGGGCCAAAACACUUCUGUUUUUUAUUUCUACCUGGUAGUUAAUUGCACUCACCUGGUGUCCCAGGUCUGAAUUAGCCCCUGAUUAGAAGGAGAGGAUGAAAAACAGAGGUGUUUCGGCCCUCCAGGACCGGAAUUGAAGAACCCUGUUGUAAAGUGUGAACCCCGUCUGUGCCACGUCGUUUAGUGUGCGCACCACGACGUUGGCAAGACAAAAAACUACAGGAAAGACGGUCGUUAAAUGUGAGAGGCUCAGCGAUGUUAGGAUUUUGAAAGUCUUGUAGUGUAAACCCGGCAUUACAGAAGACAUUGCUGCAGUGUUGUGAAAAAGCUGAAGCUGUAAACUAAACCAGUCUUUUGAUAACUCUGAUUGCGGUUCUUGUCCAGAUGAGUCACGUUCGUGUGUUGACUCUGUUGUAUUGGCCCUGCCUCUCUGCAGGGGAGCUCUGUAACCUCAUCACCCUAGACGUAGCCCAUAACCAGCUGGAACACCUACCCAAGGAGAUCGGCAACUGCACACAGAUCACCAACCUCGACCUACAGCACAACGAGCUACUGGACCUACCAGAAACUAUAGGUGAGACUGACUGGGACCUCAGCAGUCAGCAAUGUUCUCUCAAUGCAAUUUGGGAAAUAAUCUGCCUAUACUUAGCCUACAUGAUACCAAUACUGACACAGCUGUACAGUGCACAUUCUUAACUGUACAUUGUGAUGACUAGGUGUAGUUUUUAGGAUAAAACUUUUGAACAUUCUCAGAAAUUGUAUAAUCUACAGUUUUAGGAACUGCAAGUGCUGGUAUUUAAGAUAGUACUUUAUUGAUCCCCCAGAGGGGAAAUUUGAUUGCACCAGCCAAUACAUACAUUACAUACAUUUGAAACGCUUAACAUGAAAUCUAACAUCUGACUUUGUUUAUUGUCAUUUUUGUAUUGAACCUUUUCUCGUUGCAGGUAACUUGUCAAGCAUAAACCGCUUGGGUCUGCGGUACAACCGGUUGUCAGCCAUCCCCAGGUCGCUAGCUAAGUGCAGAGAACUGGAAGAGCUCAACCUAGAAAACAACAACAUCUCCGUGUUGCCAGAAGUGAGUGGUGCUUUUAUUGAUUAUUGAAUUUAAUGGAAUUGUUAGAGAUAAAGCAUAUCUAUCUAUCUACCACCUCCUCCUUCUCUCUAUCCCAGGGUCUCCUGUCUAGUCUGGUGAAUCUGACCAGUCUAACCCUGGCGAGGAACUGUUUCCAGUCCUACCCGGUGGGAGGGCCCUCCCAGUUCUCCACCAUCUACUCUCUCAACAUGGAGCACAACCGCAUUAACAAGAUCCCCUUCGGAAUCUUCUCCAGGGCCAAAGUCCUCAGCAAACUCAACAUGAAGGUAAUGCUGUCCAUUGCUACUUGUUGUCGUCUCCUUCCCUCUUUUUUGAUGACUUCUAGUAAGGGGACCAAGACAAUAGUCCCAGACAUUAUGUAGGCAGGUCAAUGUGGCUCUUUCUUCUGAUGUUAAAGGGAUAGUUGGAGAUUUUGGCAAUAAAGCCCUUUAUCUACCAUUUGUAUGUAUCUGCGUCCAGUAUGAAGGAAGUUAGAGGUAGUUUCUCGAGCCAAUGCUAACUAGCGUUAGCGCAAUGACUGGAACUCUACAGGGACAUAAAAAUGGUAUCCAUGAUUUCAUCUGACUCUGAAGAAGUAGAUAAAGGGCCUCAUUGCCAAAAUCCCGAACUAUCCCUUUAAGGUUUACAAUGGUUGGUGAUGGUGCUUGCUUAGGUAAAUAGCUGACGUGAGCAACAUUAUCCACUUAACCUUAUUGAACAAAGUCUUCCUUCUGCUCUGGUUCUGGAAUCGUUGUCCGUUGUGGAUUGUCAAUAUCGUUGUUGUAUUUCAGGACAACCAGUUGACGUCUCUGCCGCUAGACUUUGGCACGUGGACCAGUAUGGUGGAGCUCAACCUGGCCACUAAUCAGCUGACAAAGAUCCCCGAGGACAUCUGCGGACUCGUUUCGCUCGAGGUGUGGCCUAAAUAGAAUUCUCGGAUGGGAUCUUUCCUGAAAAAUGGACUUACUGCUUUUCUGAUGCCAUCUUCAGUUCCUACAUUAUUCAAACUGACCCGAAAAUCUAAAUGAUUAUCACUCCCUUUUCAACAUAGUUUAUCAACUAUUUAGUUAUUUUAAAGUCUGUAACACAAGCUACAGGUUGUGACGGUUCGCUUCAGUGUUUUAAUGUUCCGUUCAGUGUUCUGAAACAUCUCUGUUGUUUUGUUCACAGGUCUUGAUAUUGUCCAACAAUCUUCUCAAGAAGUUGCCACAUGGUAUUGGCAACCUGAGGAAACUACGGGAGCUCGACUUGGAGGAGAACAAGUUGGAAUCGCUCCCGAAUGAAAUUGCUUACCUGAAAGAUUUACAGGUUUGAUACUAUUAUGCUAAUUCCCUACACUGUCACCUAAGCAUUUAGGCCUACCUUUAACUAAAAUGUGUUGAGUUAUAAACCAUUCAAAGACCACUACCAAAUGUAGUGAUACUGUAGUGCUGUGAUGAGGAAUUUCAUUGACAUAAGUAAUCUUUCUUCUACUUUUAAAGGCCCAAUGCAUUCAAAAAUGUGAUUUUCCUUGACUUUCUCCACAUUUUAUUACGUUACAGCCUUAUUCUAAAAUGGAUUAAAUUGUGUUUUCCCCUCAAAAAAAAUAAUAAAGUCAAUCAAUCUACACACUACCCCACAAUGACAAAGCAAAAACAGGUUUUUAGAAAAUGUUGCACAUUUAUUUAAAAUAAAAAACAAAUACCUUAAUUACAUAAGUAUUCAGACCUUUGCUAUGAGACUCGAAAUUGAGCUCAGGUGCUUCCUGUUUCAUUGAUCAUCCUUGAGAUGUUUCUACAACUUGAUUGGAGUCCACCUGUGGUAAAUUCAAUUGAUUGGACAUUAUUUGGAAAGGCACACACCUGUCUAUAUAAGGUCCCACAGUUGACAGUGCAUGUCAGAGCAAAAACCAAGCCACGAGGUCAAAGGAAUUGCCAUAGAGCUCCGAGACAGGAUUGUGUCGAGGCACAGAUCUGGGGAAGGGUGCCAAAAAAUUCUGCAGCAUUGAAGGUCCCCAAGAACACAGUGGCAUCCAUUCUUAAAUGGAAGAAGUUUGGAACCACCAAGACUCUUCCUAGAGCUGGCCGCCAGGCCAAACUGAGCAAUCAGGGGAGAAGGGCCUUGGUCAGGGAGGUGACCAAGAACCCGAUGGUCACUCUGACAGACCUCCAGAGUUCCUCUGUGGAGAUGGGAGAACCUUCCAGAAGGACAACCAUCUCUGCAGCACUCCACCAUUCACUCCUUUAUGGUAGAGUGGCCAGACGGAAGCCACUCCUCAGUAAAAGGCGCAUGACAGCCUGCUUGGAGUUUGCCAAAAGGCACCUAAAGACUCUCUCAGACCAUGAGAAACAAGAUUCUCUGGUCUGAUGAAACCAAGAUUGAACUCUUUGGCCUGAAUGCCAAGCGUCACAUCUGGAGGAAACCUGGCACCAUCCCUACGGUGAAGCAUGUGGUGGCAGCAUCAUGCUGUGGGGAUAUUUUUCAGUGGCAGGGACUGGGAAACUAGUCAGGAUCAAGGCAAAGAUAAAUGGAGCAAAGUACAGAGAUCCUUGAUGAAAACCUGCUCCAGAGCUCUCAAGACCUCAGACUGGGGGCGAAGGUUCACCUUCCAACCGGACAACAACCCUAAGCACACAGCCAAGACCAAGCAGGUGUGGCUUUGGGACAAGCCUCUGAAUGUCCUUUAGUGGCCCAGCCAGAGCCCAGACGUAAACCUGAUCGAACAUCUCUGGAGAGACCUGAAAAUAGCUGUGCAGCAACGCUCCCCAUCCAACCUGACAGAGCUUGAGAGGAUCUGCAGAGAAGAAUGGGAGAAACUCUCCAAAUACAGGUGUGCCAAGCUUGUAGCGUCAUACCCAAGAAGACUCUGCCAAAUGUGCUUCAACAAAGUACCGAGUAAAGGGUCUGAAUACUUAUGUAAAUGUGAUAUUUCCGUUUUUAUUUUUAAUACAUUUGCAAAAAAAUAUAAAAACCUGCUUUUACUUUGUCAUUAUAGGGUAUUGUGUGUAGAUUGAUGAGGGGAAAAAACUAUUUAAUCAAUUUUAGAAUAAGGCUGUCUGAAUACUUUCCGAUGGCACUGUAUAUGCAAAAGUAUGUGGACACCCCUUCAAAUUAGUAGAUUCGGCUAUUUCAGCCACACCCGUUGCUGACGGGUGUAUAAAAUUGAGCACACCGCCAUGCAAUCUCCAUAGACAAACAUUGGCAGUAGAAUGGCCUUACUGCAGAGCUCAGUGACUUUCAACAUGGUACCAUUAUAAGAUGCCACCUUUACAACAAGUCAGUUCGUAAAAUUUCUGCCCUGCUAGAGCUGCUUCGGUCAACUGUUAUUGCUGUUAUUGUGAAGUGGAAACGUCUAGGAGCAACAACGGCUCAGCCGCGAAGUGGUAGGCCACACAAGCUUACAGAACGGGACCGUUGAGUACUGAAGCGUGUAGAGCGUAAAAAUAAUCUGUCCUCGGUUGCAACACUCACUACCGAGUUCCAAACGGCCUCUGGAAUCAACGUCAGCAGAAGAACUGUUGGUCGGGAGCUUCAUGAAAUGGGUUUCCGUGGCCAAGCAGCCGCACGCACACAAGCCUAAGAUCACAAUGCCAAGCGUCGGCUGGAGUGGUGUAAAGCUUGCCGCCAUUGGACUCUGGAGCAGUGGAAAUGCAUUCUCUGGAGUGAUGAAUCACGCUUCACCAUCUGGCAGUCCCUAUCAAAUACCUUUGGGAUGAAUUGGAAUGCCAACUGUGAGCCAGGCCUAAUCGCCCAACAUCAGUGCCCGACCUCACUAAUGCUCUUGUGGCUGAAUGGAAGCAAGUCCCCACAGCAAUGUUCCAACAUCUAGUGGAAAGCCUUCCCAGAAGAGUGGAGGCUGUUAUAGCAGCAAAGGGGGGACCAACUCCAUAUUAAUGCCCAUGAUAUUGGAAUGAGAUGUUCGACGAGCAGGUGUCCACAUACUUUUGGUCAUUUAGUGUAUUUCCACACUAUAAAGUUGGAAUAAUGCUGUGAAAUUGUGAAAAUUAUGAUAAUGCUGUUUGAAAAGACCGCCUGAAAUUUCAGCCUGUUUUGGUGGAUUGGAGUUUUGGCCUGCCUGGUGACAUCACCAAGUGGUAAAUUAGUUAAUAGACCAAUAAGAAAGAGUUCCAAACCAUUAAGAGCUCGUUUGUACUUUUCCCCUCCCCACUCAGACCACUCCCAGACACUCUUGGCUAAGAAUCUAUUUUUGUUUUAUUUUUUAUCAUUUUAAUUCAAAACAAUCAGAAACAAUUUGAUAUUGAACGGCUGCAUUGGACCUUUUAAAUAAACUAUUUUUAUAUCUCCAGGAUGUUUUGAACAAUAAUUUAUUAACAACGUUUCGACAGCUAAGGUGUCUUCAUCAGGGUUUCCAUGGUGUGAUAUUGACAUUCCAUUUUUGCUUGUAUCCUAUCAGAAACUAGUGUUGACCAAUAAUCAGCUGACCACGUUGCCCCGUGGGAUCGGUCACCUCACCAACCUGACCCACCUGGGUCUGGGAGAGAACCUGCUGCAGCACCUGCCGGAGGAGAUUGGUAAAUACAUUUUACCUCAUACCACUCAGCCUGGGUACCGGUCUGUUUCUGCUAAGACCACUCCUUGUACUCUGUGUCAUUUGCCAAACAUACAGAAAAAGACUGGUACCCAGGCUACAUGCUGAAUGUACCGAGCUGUCUAUUUAAAAUACUAGCACACAGCUCGGACACCCAUGCAUACCCCACAAGACAUGCCACCAGAGGUCUCUUCACAGUCCCCAAGUCCAGAACACACUAUGGGAGGCGCACAGUACUAUAUAGAGCCAUGACUAAAUGGAACUCUAUUCCACAUCAGGUAACGGAUGCAAGCAGUAGAAACAGAUUUUAAAAAAACAGGUAAAAAUACACCUUAUGGAACAACGGGGACUGUGAAGAGACGUACACAAAGGUACAGACACAUGCAUACGUACACAUUGUGAUAUUGUUGUAUGGUGGUUUUUAAACAUUUUGUAUUGUAGAGGUGUAAUAAUGUAAUAUGAUGUACUGUUUUAUCUUUUGUUUUAUAUGUAAUGUAAGUGCUUUAAUAUGUUUGGACCCCAGGAAGAGUAGAUGCUGCCUUAGCAGCAGCUAAUGGGGAUCCCUAAUAAAUACAAAUACAACUCAGAUUAGGAGUGCAUCUCAAAAGUCCUUCCUUGAUUCCUUCCAUCCUCACCCCAACUCCAAAUGUCAUUGAGAAACAAGGAGCUUAUUGGAGGAGGUCACAAGCUUUCAAAUGGAUACUUAAACUUGUCAGAAUAGAGAUAAAACUACAUGUGGUCCUUUGUAGGUCAGUUGGUAGACCAUGGUGCUUGUAACGCCAGGGUAGUGGGUUCGAUCCCCGGGACCAUCCAUACGUAAAAAAUGUUAUGCACACAUGACUGUAAGUCGCUUUGGAUAAAAAGCGUCUGCUAAAUGGCAUAUUAUUAUUAUUAUUAUUAUUAUUAUGUAUCUGUCUCAGUGCCUCCAGGCAGAACCUAACACUCCUGUAUCCUCUACCCCUACUAUCUCCCUCCAUCCCUCUCUCUACCCUUUCCUCCCUCCCUCCUUUCGAUCCUAGGUACACUGGAGAACCUGGAGGAGCUGUACCUCAACGACAACCCCAACCUGCACAGCCUCCCGUUUGAGCUGGCCCUGUGCAGCAAGCUGUCCAUCAUGAGCAUCGAGAACUGUCCCCUCAGCCACCUGCCCCCACAGAUCGUGGCCGGGGGCCCCUCCUUCAUUAUCCAGUUCCUCAAAAUGCAGGGGCCCUACCGUGCCAUGGUCUGAUAGGGCCCGGAGUCCAAGAUUUUGGUCUGAGGGCCCGGAGGGAGGCCAUGGUCUGAGAGCUGAUAUGAUGGCUGAAUGACCAGGUCCAUGGUGUUAAAGGCCCACGCAAGGCCCAUGAUCUGACAACAGACCACGCCCGUAAUCGGAUAGGCCACGCCAAUGUUCUGAAGGCCGACGCCCACCCACUCAGACACCCCACCCAAUCCCUUACCUAUCCAACUACGUGUGUCGUACACUGUAAAAAACAACAACAACAUCAUAACAACAACAAAAACAAACUAAAUGUACAAAAAGAGAGGAGUAGGAAAACAUUUUCGGUUCAUACAUUAUCUAUCUAUAUGAGGAAAAAACUAAACAAACAAGUACAUUUAUAUUGAGACUGUGCUCCAGCGUUUCUGUUGAGGAAUCAUAGCCAUUUAGAAGGCCAACUUCCCCAAUAUUUUAUUCCCGAAUCAUGUAAGAAGACAAAACUUAAAGGGUCAUUACACCACUUUUUUACAUUCAUUAACUCCAGCACAAUACAAUACAUAAUCUGUUUGCAUACAUAUGAAGACACUGGUAUAGCACUGGAGGUAAUGAAUAGGAGGUUAAAAAGUGGUGGAAUUCCCCUUUAAUAUAUCUCUACCACUCUUUUGCCAAAACGGAUCAUGUAUAUUGAGUAACAGUGCGCUAAAGUGGCUAUGAUUCUUUUAACAUAUAAACCAUAUUCCCAAUGCGAACGCAUUUACAGUAAUUAGGUAUAUGUAUAUUAGGAGAGCUUAGGAUACAACUAUUGUAUGCAAAAACAAAAUAAUAUUUGAAACUUUAAUUUUUACUGCUGCUGCCAUUAUCAAUGUUCAUUUUGUCAUGU